AUGACUGAGUACUUUAAAGAUACAGAUGUUAAGGCUUGGGAUGUUGUCGGGUUUUACCGAUGCUGGAUACACAGCUACAAAGAGAACACCAGCAUGCUUGAUUACCAGAAGGCUAAAGACAAACUUAUUAAGUGUCUUGAAAAUAUUGCUACUUUAUCUCCUACCGGCAACGAGGUUUCAUUGGAUCCGGAACUGCUCCUUGUAGAGACUGAAAAGGAAUAUGUUGGAAGUAGUGAGCAUCCGUUUGACUACAACGAAUGGACUCUAAAGUCUGGCCUGAAAGUAAUCGAUCUUUUAAAAAUAGCGGCCGAGGUAUGGAGUAUCGUCCGUUGUGGACUAAAAGUCGCAAAACCCAAAUGGUGCGAAGAACAUGGAUAUGCUGAAAUACAGAAAACUAUUAAACGACUUUCUCAAGCUUCUAUCAAAUGUGCGGAUUUAGGAAAGGAACUAAACAAGAUUAAAAUAAAGGAGUUGAUGAAGCUGAAUGAUGAUUUGGAAGAUGUAAAGCAACUAAGUCUAAUAUCAACACCUCCGGAUGCUCUGGCAUCAUUUUUCGUUAAGACACUUUCUCGGUUUCAUCAACUUGUUUUUCCACAACAAUCUAUAAUGCAACAAUUUGGAGUGUCAGAAGCCUCUUAUGGCGCAUAUAUGAUUCAUCCUUGUCUCAUAGAACUUCUUGCGGGGUUGGAAGACCACUUCCUUUACGAGCCAAAUAUCUGGUGGGUACGGCCACCGCGAUCUACUUGGGACGGAUGUUGUAAAGGCCCGUUGGGUAGUAUGUAUAUGCUUGAGGAGAUCGGCAAGAGGUAUCGGAAUGCAUCACCAAAGUCAUUUGCAAACAAUCGUGUCUUUUUUGAAGCUUUGAUCAAUACAGCAAAUAUGAUCAAACAAUUACAGGAUGAGGAUAAUGAUAAUGUAUCCAAGUUAUCGGGUAGACUUCCUCCGCAUCCAGGUAAACCUGACAAGACAGCACAAGAAAG